AUGAAGCAAUGGUCUGUAGUGCACGCGCUUUUGAACCAAUUCAUCGAUGUAUGCGAGACCAUCGGGCCUUACGAGAUUCCUCAACAUUUAACACCAACUCUCGACUGGUUUGCGGGUAACAAUUCGCUGGACCAACUCACCGGCAGCGAUCCGUCGGCCGUGAGACAGAGUGUCGGAUCGCUUCCGACAUCAGAUACCACUUCUCUCGAUGCUAUUACAAUGAGGCCUGCGGCGAAUGGCCUUUGCCACCGAUUCUUAGGUGAACUUCUGUACAAUGUUGGAUCGUUGGCUCUGGCUGCAGCGGAUAGUGCCUCAGAGGAAUCCAAGGCUGCCAUGUCCUGCGUGUUCCGCCUUCUUGCACGCAUGCACAACCUGGGCUUGAUUUCUGACAAAAUUUACCAAUUCCAGCCUAGCAAUACCCACGACCAAAUUUUCCGCCCCCCUGGGCUACAUCUGCUUUCAAGUCAUAUCAUGACGGUUCUGUCUGAUGCAGCAUGGUUGGAACAUGAAUCUGAAUUGGCAAAGGCGGCCACUGAAGCAGGAGAGGACCCGCCAUUUUUGCCAUUCCCUCUGGAAUUUCGAGAACUGGGCCCGGAAAUUUGGUUUGAGCUCAUUCUUUGGUGUUGUGUUGAGCAUGGAUUUGCAAAACAAGGCGCAUUGUUGGUUAAAGCGAUGCAUAGUCGGCAGGGCGACAAUGAAUGGAAAGUCGAGAGCUGGGCACCUCUGGCCCAGGCUCUUGAUGUGGUGCAACAAACGAACAUUCCUACGGAGCAAUCUUGGCGCCGUCCGGAUGAUAACGCCCCUCCCGAUGUGUUCAAGGGACGCAAUAAACCUCCUUUCAAUGGCCUGGGCAAAAGGACAAUAAGCGUGGAGGUGGUUGCAUGCUUGCGAGACACCCUGUAUGACAAAGCUUAUAAUGGAGUCGGCUUCUACGGAACAUCUCCUUCGGAGCUGCUCAAACUCGAGGCCCCCAUGAAUAAACUCCUUGAUCCUGCUGGGUCCAACGACGACCUUCGGCCGACAAACAUGUUGACUAAUUGGCAUAUUACACGAAUGGUCGAGUCUGGCUGUAUAGAGCCCAACAAGGACCCUGUCGCAUUUCAGCGAGUACUGCGCUCGACUCAAAGCGUGGUACCACCAUGGCAACCAGGUUUUAUUACCCCCGAGGAGAAACUUGACAAAGUGACAAGGUCUCAGCUGUAUGACGAGUCCGCGGCCAUCUCUGGCCUGGUGGAGUACAAUAUCAAGGCAUUUGCCCAUCAACGCCAAGCUUCUCGCUCUUUCCACCAAUUUGCCUUGCUCCAGAACAUCGUCGAUGCUAGCAAGGCUCAGCACAUUCAAGAAUUCUUUGAGCAUAUGGGGAGUUCCGAAUUUGCGGAUACCAAGUUUUUGGACGAUGCCCUCUCGCCUAAUCUGAAGGUACCACAAUCAUCUCUGCCAGGACUAUCCGAAGGGACAAUGGCCGGGUUGAUAGAUCUGGCAACCUCGAGCCGUGCGUAUGGAUUCGGAAACUGGCUGCUCUUCAACGACGAUGGAGAUGGGCCUUCGAUCCCUGCAAGCUCCUACGGCAAUCAAAUUCUGGCGCCAGCGCUGUUACGAUUCGCAACUGCCACCAAAAACGCGGAACUCUGCGAAAAGAUCAUUGCUUCCUUGAGCAUGCCGCUUUCUGUCAACACGUUGAAGUCCCUUGUCAAUUUCCACAUUGCCUUAGCAGACUGGACCCGCGUGCGCAUGACACUAAACUAUAUGCGGGACUUUAGAUUGAAAUCUUGGGGAUUCCACAAUCUUACUUCAAUGGCAGCCAAAGUCGUCAAAAUGGACGCUGCCCUUAAGAAAAAACAUGCUCGCGGGGAAACGGUGGAAAAGAAAGAGGAAGAAAACCUCAGUGCUGCCAAAGACAUCCUGCUGCGUUUCUUCUCCGGUGAAUUCAACACGAGUAUCAGCAAGAACCGUCGAGUCGCCGACUUCCAGGGAAGAGUCCUAAGGCGUCUGCAGCAAGUAUUGUCGAGUUUCCCCGAACCUCUGGCUGGCCUCAUGGAGCAGGUGAAAUUCAAACGAACAAGUAAAAGCCACCAGCGAAUGCACUACAUUCCCUGCGUUGCCUUCAAUGACAUGCUCGCCAGUGUGGUGGGAAUCAGUGGCAGCAAAGUCGGUAUAGAACUCUGGACACAAUGGUGUCAGGAUCUUCUCAAUCCAACAAUGCUCCGCCAGCAAGAAGGCGGCGUAGCACGCCUCCUAACGUACUCCGAAAUCGACCCAAGAAAAGGCGACCCAACCUUUGACCCAAAGUGGCACGACGAAGUCCAACGCAAAGCAGUGAUUCCAGACGUUAACACCAUCCGCAUUAUUGCACAAGCCGCGCUCCGAGAGUUCGCGCUAGAACAGGCAGCCACACCUCGCCCAGCCUCCGAUGACCUCCAAUCCCCAUCCCCAGCCUCAACCCCGUUCAAGAAUGGCUACCACCUCGACGUCCCCAAGUCCCUCUACAAAUACGUCAGCAAGAAAGGCGGCAAGCCACCAUCCUCCGAAGCCGAAGCCGCGCUCGACUUCUGCGCAACCAUGUACCUACGCGCCCGCAUCCCCGAAGACCAAAUCGAUGCCGACCUUCCAGGCCACAUGGACCGUCUACGCGGUCGCGGAGUCUUGAGCACGCGGCUCCGCGCCGGUGACUUGUAUACUGCGCGAGCAGCGCCGAAACGAGUCAGAGAUGAAGCGAAGGAACUCCAAAACGACCCAUUUAUGAAGUCUGAGCGGGUUGAGGCUUCGCAGGAGUGA